UGCAACUGAACUGAACAAUUGUACAUCUGUCUUUCAAAUAACGUCCUUUCCAAACUCUUUUAUACCCAAUCCGUCAAUAUGGUUUCCGGAAGCUGCAUGUGCGGUAACGUCGCGUACGAGGCGGCGGGCAACAGCGAGGGCAGCAUUCUCUGCCAUUGCGCCGACUGCCGCAAGAUUGGCGGAAGCGCGUUCUCCAGCAACGGCAUAUUCUCCGAGGACGGCUUCAAGGUCACCAAGGGCACGCCUAAGCAGCACAAGAAGGUGGCAGACUCUGGCAAGGAGAUCAUCUCCAACUUCUGCGGUGACUGCGGCUCUACCAUGUGGCGUGAAGGAGGCGCGUUCCCCGGCAAGCGCAUUGUCAAGGUGGGAACGCUCGACGACAAGAGUAUCCUCGACAACUUCAAGGCGGACGCCGAGCUCUACACCGACAUCCGACCCAAGUGGGUUGGAGCUCAGCCCGGCGCGGCGCAGAAGGCUACCAUGUCGUAGGCGAAAGACGUCCGGGUAGGCAUCGAAAUGAUACAACGUCUUAUUCUGAAUCCGAGCUUUCGGGCUCCUU